GCGAUACGGUCGAUAGGAGUAAAAACGCAGUACAACCACGGGUGGUUGCAGCGAAUUGCAGGAACGAGGCUGCGACGACGCCGUCGCGUCGGCACGCGAGAAUCACCCCCGGCGCCACCAGCCACUUUACGCGUUUCACUCCGCUCGACCUCGUCUGGUUCAUUCCGUUCGUGGACGCCGACGAGAUCGCGACCACGUGAACGAGAGGCAGUCGUAAACUCGGCAGUAUCCCCGGAGUGUUCCCUCGUCGGGGUUAGAAGCUUAAAACCACCGACAGGCAGAGUUGAACCGUGUGCUGGUGCGUUGGGAUCGUUUUCACAUGGAGAUGAUGUUCGCCUUUCGUAACGUGCGACGACGAGGACUUUCAUAAACAGCUGUCGGUCCUCGCGCGGAAGUUCCGUUCUGUUUCCGCAAAAGUCUCGACUAUUUCUUUUCAAUGGACCUUGUUUGUCGUCGGUCCCGCUGGCACAAUAGUCGCGAAUUUCUAAGACUGAUUACCCGUGAACCCGGAGAACAAAGGCUGUCGCGGUGCGCAAAGAGUCUCUGACGAAUCCGCCGAGAGAUCGUCGGAGAAAUCGGAAACGGGGCGAUUCGCGACGGUCACGUGAGCUUUUUUACGCCCGCGAGCUGGCAGAGAGCCCCGCGGGGUCUCUCGCAUCGAUCACCCCGGGAUUUCCCGACGUGUAGACGCAAGACCACCGAGAGCCCAGGGCGAGAAGAAGGUGUCGGAGAGCCCCGAGUCGACGUGGGGAGAAGGAACACGCGUGAGGAGGUGGGCGGAGGGUCAACGCGGACGGAAGGACGCCGCCGCGAACAACUAUUGAUCGACCUGUAUCUUGAAGAGGAUGCUCUUCUCUUCGGCCUCGUAAGAGCAAAGUUCACGUCGCGGUCACGAGGAACGCGGGGAGGGGCGACCUCCAGUGACGACGUCGCACGUUGUCAUGGAAAAUCGAUUCGCCACCAGCGACCACCACCACCCCACCACGACGACCACCCGCCGCAGUGCAAUGACCUCCAAACCGGGAAGAUCCUACAGCGUGAGGUCUCCGCGAGUCGGAGGUCCUCUUUCGCAGUCGUUAGCUAUGAUCCCGCCGACCAUGCACGGACACGAGUUCAAUCAGCCCUUGUCGAGGGUGGUCAUGGUCCGUAAAACGGACCAAAGGACUUUCAGUAAAGGAAGACGAGGCGGCGAGCCUCUCUUGGAGACCGUCACCAGGGAAACCGUCGAGCUCUUCAACGGCGGUCGGGCCGAGAGGAAGUAUACUUCCGAAACGAGGGACAUCGUUACACCCAAAUCUAACAGCAUGCCGUCGCUCAGCGUGCACGGAACGAAAAAGAAGGUGGUCGGUUUUGUCGAUCAGGUGUCGCCGGACAGGUCGAGGACAGACUCGGUAAGGUCGAAGUCCCCGUUGACGGCGUCGCCAGCUUCACCGGGCCCGCUGUCGAAUUCUCUGCACGGCAGUUUCCACGGUAGCUUAGGAAGCGAUGGCAUGUCCUGCAGCAGCGCCAGGUCCUCCUCAGCGUCUCCCGACUCCGCGAGGUACUCAUCGUCGCAGAUAACAAAGACUGACACUCGUAAACCGUCUGUGCGCAGAUCGGGGCCCCCGAAGGAAUUCAUCAACGUCUGCCUCGACACGCACAAUUUCUACCGAUCGCGACAUGGAGCACCGCCGUUGCGACUCAGCAAACAGCUGUGCAAGACGAGUCAAGACUGGGCCAACAUACUGGCGGCUAGGGGUAGGCUAGAACACAGGGCGAACAUUGACUAUGGAGAGAAUCUCUAUUGCAUGUGGAGCUCCAAUCCGAAGACUGUCGUCGGUGGCGAGGAACCAGUGAACGAAUGGUACGCCGAAGAGACUCAGCACCAGUACGGAAAAGAGCCCACUACGCUGAAGACUGGUCACUUCACGCAGGUGAUCUGGAGGGACAGCACUGAAUUGGGGGUAGGCAUGGCCAGGAAUCGGAACGGGGAGGUGUACGUGGUAUGCAAUUACAACCCGGCCGGGAACUUCUUAGGCAGCUUCAUGGAGAACGUCCUGCCGCCCGUGGACGCCAGUCCCACGAAACGGAUUAACUUCAGCGACCUGAAGCAAACACAGUCCACGAUGGACGAGCAAGCGUGGCAGCAAGAGGCAUUGCUAGUUCACAACGAGUACCGGAGAAAGCACCGCGUGCCGGACUUGAGGCUGAGUCCGGAAUUAACGGCCGCCGCCAAGGCCUGGGCGAACACGCUGCUGAAUACAAAUAAACUGAUACCUCAGUCGUCAUCCCCGUACGGCGAAAAUAUUUAUUCGAUGCAAUGCUCCGAUCCCAAGCUGAUCGUUUCCGCACGCGAGGUCAUCUCCAAGUGGUAUUCCGAGAAGAAGGAGCACAAAUUCGGCGUUGAGCCGAAAGUUCUCAACACAUGUCACUUUACACAAAUCGUCUGGAAGAAAACGACGGAGAUGGGCAUUGCGAUGGCCAAACGGGACGGUACCUGCGUCAUAGUAGCGUGUUACCAUCCGAGGGGUAACAUAGUCGGACAGUUCACCGAGAAUGUAUUGAAGCCCGUGAAGAGCGUCUGUUAGCCCGCGCUGUCGAUAAUGUAUCUGAACUCUGUACUUCUAUAUCGGGCAGAUAUAGACGAUGUCACACGCGUAAUAUAUGUAUAUAUGACACUUGUGCAUACACGUAGAAUAAACAUUCCACGUACACGUA